AUGUGGCUGAAUGGAAGAAUCUACACCUAUAGCCCUUCACAAUGGAAGAGGGCUGAUUGUGUGCAAGAGAACCAGGCAACAAGAGUCUGUGGACAGCCCCCUGUCAGCCUCAACCGAAUUGUGAAGGGAAAAGAUGCAGAGCCUGGAGAAUUCCCUUGGCAGAUCAGCUUGCAGCUGAACCAAAGGCAUGUGUGUGGAGGGUCUCUCAUCUCAGAGGACUGGGUGAUAACUGCAGCACACUGCUUCUAUCAGUUCAUGGAUCUCUCCCAGUACCAGGUCCUCCUGGGGGUCACCCAGCUGUCCAAUCCUGGCCCACUGGCAUGUUGCCUGGGAGUUAAGAAGGUCAUUGUCAACCCCACCUAUGAGGGCCAGACCAGCAGUGGGGACAUUGCUCUGGUGCAGCUGUCCAGGAGGGUCCAUUAUUCUGACCUGAUCCUGCCCAUUUGUCUGCCUGAUGCCUCUGUGAAGUUCCCACCGGGGAAGGUGUGCUGGGUCACUGGCUGGGGGAACUUGCAUCAUUCAGUCAACCUUCCCUCCCCACAAACCCUCCAGAAGGUGAAGGUGCCCAUCAUUGACACAAAGACAUGCAGUAAGCUCUACCGCACCAACAUGGGUGAUGGAUUGGACCCACAGGCGAUCAAGGACGAUAUGGUCUGUGCUGGCUACGCAGAGGGCAGGAAGGAUGCCUGCAAGGGCGAUUCUGGAGGUCCCAUGGUGUGUCUGGUUGGACGUUCAUGGGUCUUGGCUGGCAUCGUCAGCUGGGGUGAAGGAUGUGCCAUUGAGAACCGGCCUGGAGUCUAUAGCCGACUCACAUACUACGAAAGCUGGAUCCACAGCUGUAUCCCAGAUAUCCAAUUUAUCAAAGAUCCAAGUGUCCAUGAAUCAUGGGAAUGCUGACAGGACACCAAAUGCCAAAAG